AAUAUGGCGGCUACAAUACGCAAAUAAUAAUUCGCGCGAAUCAUCGGUGGCUAGUGUUGUCAAUGAUAGAUAAUAACCUUAUGUUUUAUGACCGAUGGGAAGUGGAGCCUCUAAGACAACAGGAAAGGCAAUAGAAACCCAUGCAAGGUCAAUUGAGAUUAUAUACCACUCUGAAGAGCGUCGCAAUAAACUUUCCCAAGAUGCAAAAUCCGCCAACGGAAAUGUGAAAGAUGAAUGUGACGCGACCACCAGAGAAGGAAAACCCGUGACUGAUCGUUUUUCUGCAGAAAAUGAACAGAUGACCAAAGAUGAUGGCGACGAAAAGAUACUCAUAUCUUCGCUCUGCGAAAAUGAUCCUCAACUUGAAACACGAUUGAGUUCCACGAACAGGCAUUACCAGUCCUUGAAUAAAGCUUUUCACGAUGGAAAUCUUUUGACAGAACCGUUACUUGAACAUGCUAAAGCUUUAAUUGAUGUUUACUCAAAGUGCAGGAAAAGAUCAAACAAAACUGUUGUGACAGAUUUUGCUUUGGCUGUGGGAAUACAUAAACUUGUUUACGAUAUAAUUGUUGAUCGUAGAAGUAAUUACCCAGAGAUAACAACUUGGGAUAGGAAUGUUCGCAAGGAUACGGAGAAAGAAGAACAAGGCAAUCAGGAGGAGGCAAAUGACAACACUCUUGUCGGUGAUGAAAACAAGAACCUUGACAGAACCUUGCCAGAUGUUCAACCAGUUAAAGAAGGAGGGAUCCAAGGGAAAACUCAUGGGACAGGGAAUAGUGACCCUCCAGCAAGUACCAAGGAUGAGGAUCAGGAAGCAAAUGAUGUAAAUGAUCAGAAACCACCAGGAGGAGAUGAAAUCCCAAAGGCAGUUCAAGAGGGUGAAAAUGAGGAGGAGAAAGCUUCAGAAGAGGAUGAAGAAAAAGUGGCAGCACUGAAGAUGUCACAGGACAUUAUAAACCAUCUGCUAGCAGUAAUAAUGAACUUUACUGACCUCCACGAUUCAUUCUGCCUGGCAUGCAGUGAUCUGGGGAUGGUUCAAAUUCUCAUUGACAUGACAAAAGAUCUACAAGAUACAAUAAGUUAUCAUGUAAAAUAUGUGAAUCCCAAAACCCAGUACUUAUCUAAGUACUCAUCACGAGGAAAAAUGCUAAACAGGACGUUGGGAGUCCUACAUAACUUGUCUAAACGUGUGCCCACCAGGAUGAACUUUGCUGCUUGUCAGGCAUUGGAUAUACUUAUUCCUCUUCUCAAGGCAGAGGUGGCACUUUUUGGUGCUAAGAGCCUACUUGUAUUGGCCUGUUUGAUUGAUGAAGAUAACAAUCAUUUGAUCAUGGCUGACGAAGGACCAAUCAAAUUUCUUACAACUAUACUGAAGAAAGCCAUCGGAUCAACCACUCACAGAUAUUUGGGACUCUCAGCAUCGGAGCUAGCAGAGGGACUGGCGCAAAUUGCUGUUAACGAUAAUAACAAGAAAACGAUUGGCCAAUGCGAAGCUGUUCCAAUCCUGGUUAAAAUGCUUCAAAAUGCAAAGGGGAAUGAGGAGAGACUGAAUGCUUGUAAUACACUUUGGACGUUAGCUUUUGACGAGGAAAAUAGGCAGAUGAUUAGGAGUGAUGAUUACGCACUUUUUGAGCUGCGCAAACUUCUGACCACAAGUGAGGAUAGUGAGAUAAAGAGGGCUGCCGCUGGUGCAUUGUGGGAAUGCGAAGGCAAAGAAAAACACGCUGAAGAGAAACAGCAAACAGUCACAUUGGAGCAAAUAUCAGAAGCGAAGCACGUGAUGAUCAGUUACCAAUGGGAUGUACAAAAACUCGUGAUUCAGAUCAAAAACAAACUUCAGGCGGACGGCUUCAAGGUUUGGAUGGACAUCGAUGAAAUGGGUGGCUCUACUCUGGAAAGUAUGGCCAAGGCUGUGGAAAAUGCAAGUGUGGUGUUAGUCUGUGUGUCUCAGAAAUACAAGGAGAGUCCUAACUGUAGAUCAGAGGCAGAAUACACAUAUCAGCUACACAAAGAUGUCAUCUCUCUGAUGAUGGAUGGUAAAUACAGACCUGAUGGUUGGCUCGGCUUCAUUGUGGGAUCCAAAUUCUGGAUUGACUUUAGUGAGAAACAUAAACUGGACUCUAGCCUGGACACACUCAUAAGGGAACUGGGGAAUAGAGGAAAAUUUGAGCCGCAGGAACCUAUUGGUCAAGGCACAGGAAUUAAACCAGUCGCAAUUGCGGAUAGUGUUGAUGCCACGCCCCAGACCUCCAUCAAAUCGUGGACAUGUGGCGAUGUUAAAAAGUGGCUCAAUGAAGUUGGACUGGAAAACAGAUUGGAUCCAAAGGCUGUCCAGCGACUAGAUGGUCAGAUGUUGCUUCGUCUUCAAGGUCUCAGAAAAGAGACAAGCCCGGAUUUCUUUUACGCAUCAGUUAAAGCAGAGUUCAAACUGGAAAGUUUAUUUGAUUUGUUAAAGUUCACAGAUGCACUGGAAAAACUGGAUGCACAGAUUUGCUGUCGACAUGCUUCCGUUUACAGGAGAUUUACCCAUGGAGUAAUGUGUCUGCGACUAAUACAUCAUAGAUCGUCAUAAAUACCUUUUCUGACGGAUAGUUGAUGUUGUGCAAGAAGUCUGAAACCCGACUAUGUUUCGGUCGCACAGUUUAGCUAUGGGACCUCUCCAAUCGAGCACACCGCGCCAUUAGUGUUGACCCGAGAAUUUGGGGCGGUAAUUGGUCGUUAAACUCCCGGGAAAACUUUAAACAAACAAUCACAUAAAGUAUGAAAUGUUUCGUGUCUUGUCCAACCAAACAAGCACUUAUUCAAGAGAAAAAUGUCACGGGUGCAGAAGUUGGCUAAAGAUGCGGAAUUACCAAAUUAUAAGUAUGGUUUUGAUACUGAAUAAAUGAAUAAAUACAGAAAGAGAGAAAGCAAAACGAGGACAUUUCUUUUGUCAAAACUGCCCCUCAAAUUUCUGCACUCCGUAAAUGUGAUGAUUUUAGCAAACAUCACACCAUGAAGCUUUUAGAAGGAAGCAACCGUAGCUCGAGUUACGCUGAGGCGAACGUGUUUUUUCUGCUAUAACAUUUUUGCGUUAUAGGGAUAAGGUUACACAAUUGCAGAAGCAAUUGAGAGGGCAAGCGAAAAAAGCGGCGUUUGCAGCUGUGAAGGAAACGAUUGCAGAACGUCGAUUUUUUUUCUUUGCCUGACCCGUCGCCUUAGCGCACUCAGCACAGGCCAGAAUUCUUUUAAUUUUAAUUCAUAUUUUCACUGAAUUUUCUGAGAAAAAGAAAAUAUAUAUAUUAACGUCGUUAUGAUAGGUGGACUAGGCAGCUUUUCAGUGAUAUGUAUUUAUUAUUUACAGUUGUCAAUUAUAUAUCCCAGUGUUAUUUUUUAGUCAAAUUGACUAUUUAAGCAACCUGUGCGUUUUUGACAUGCAAACAGGUUAUUUUUUAACUUACAAGUUUUACUAAAAAUCUCCAAAACUAAAUUGUUAAGUUUAAAAAUAAGUACCUCCUUUCAUACUGAAUGUACAAUAGAGAGAGGCGAUGUGUUUUUUCUGUAUAGACCAUUAGAAAAGUUAUAGAAGAUGCAAGAAUAUUGCUCUUUGCAUUUAAGGAGGAAAUCUCAUUGUUUGUU